AGGAGGGGGGUACCGCACUGUCGUUACGAGUCCAAGUGUAGAAAGGCAGGAGGAGAGACGCAUUAUUGCAGUACACACACAACCCAAACUACCGCACUUCACACAAGGCGCACGGAGAAAGCGAGAGAGAGGUAGGGGGUGACAGAAAUCAACAGAAAGACAACUCAUUUCACAUGACUGGACUUUUUCCCCUUUCAUCUUGAAAUUGCCUGUUUUUGCCAGUAGCUUUUAGAAGAGGAAACUCAACCUCCAGCAGCCAAUCAGCGCGUCCUCUCAGCAUCAGGACCGGAGGAGCUGCAUGCAUCCCUGCAGGAAUAUAAUAACCCUCCGCGGAUCCCUCUCUCUUACAUGGAUUAUCAUUUAGAAGUACUUUUCUCCUGAGCUCGCAUCGUUCCACUUCACUUCCUGCUCGCCCGUGCAGCCUCACAGUGAAUUAUCGCCCGGCCCUUUACGUGUCUCGGUAUAUUGCGGUACUUUGCUGACGACUUGCAGUAUAAAUGCAUCGCUAGAAGAUCACUGCGCAAAGACCCUCCGCCUGUUUACUGUCCGCGCGGCACUUUAUUCGCUUCGCUAACUGAAUUUCUCUGACUUUCGCUUGGAGCAGUGCCUAGAAAUCCUUCUCUUGUUUUUUUCCCCUGUGAUCUUUCCUGUUUUUUUCUUGCUUCUUAUUUUCGGGUUGUACUUCAGAGCCUCCCUCUCCUCCUGUCUGUGAGUCAAACAGCUGCAUAGAAGAUGUCUGCCCCAGAUGCUGCCGCUCCAGGAGCCCCCGGGCCCGAUGGGGCCCCCGGCGGAGGACCUCCCGCCCCCCCCAACACCUCCAGCAACCGCAGGCUACAGCAGACACAGACCCAAGUGGAUGAGGUGGUGGACAUCAUGCGCGUGAACGUGGACAAGGUUUUGGAAAGGGACCAGAAGCUCUCGGAGCUGGAUGACAGAGCGGAUGCUCUCCAAGCCGGGGCCUCCCAGUUUGAAAGCUGCGCAGCUAAGCUAAAGAACAAGUACUGGUGGAAGAACUGCAAGAUGAUGAUCAUGAUGGGGAUCAUUGGAGUCAUUGUGGUUGGAAUACUAUUCUUGUACUUCUUCUACUGAGCUCAGCCCAUCAAUACAGAUGGAUAUGGACUUGAGAACGAUAUGAGAGGAAAGAGCAGAA